AUGACAUCAGACAAUCUAGACCAGACGCUGCUCGGUACCAAACGCACCAACUUGCCGUCGAAAGAUGUCUCCUCGCCAAAGCAGGCGUGGGGAUUCUCUAGAUCAACACGUACAUAUACCAAUUCAACGAUGAAUGGGUUAAUUCCUGGAUCGAAUCCUUCUCAACGGCCCAUGUCGUUAUUGAUCCCAUCUGCAUCUUCCACGUCAUCAAAUGACCAAAACCAAAAUAAUGGUGGUAAACGACCACGCUCGUGGCAUAUAUUCUCGAUUAAGAGUCAGAGUCAAGAGGCUGACCAAAAAGCUUUAUCGGAGAAUCAAACUGCAGACCAAGAUUCCAUGGAUGAAAACCAGCAAGAAGUGGAGAACGAACAGCCCAAGUCACCACUUCAUAAAUGGGUGCCAAACCAGCAUAAGGAACGACCUGCUGUUGCGUCCGCCGCCGAAAUGGACGCCAUCUCCCCACAAAGCCCAGGUUUCACACCACUAGAUUCAAACAAGACCGUGAUUCUAAAAUCCUUAAUCGACGAAUCUGAAUUCUCGCUACCGAUUUCAGCCGUCCUCGACAGUGAGAAACUGCGGCCCCAGUUUUAUAACGGACUAAGUGUCGGCCACGUGGAGCUUGCCCAACCAGUGCUGUCGCAGGUUGUAGAGUUCCUGAUGCACCAUGUGAGGAAUGUGGAAGUCGAUGACUGGGAUUUGGAUUGGUGUCGCGAGAAGAAUGACGAGGAUUUGAAGGAUUUGAUUGAUGCGUUUUAUGAUAUUGGGAACUCGUCGGGGAUGACGCUUUUGCAGAGAGAAGCGCUUCGGAGGAUGGCUGCUAAACCUGUUCAUCACCCUCGCGGUGCUGAAGAGUGGAAAAGAGCCUGGAAGGAGUUUGAGGAUGCUGAGCUUAGAGCUGAUGAAGAUGCACAACAGUAG